AUGAACUCCCUGGUCAGCACCUCACGCCUCCAGCUUGCUGCCUUUGUUCUGGGCACGAUAGGCUGGAUCCUGUGCACAGUUUCAAUGGGAAUCGUGGAAUGGAGAGUGUGGUAUGUGGACAACACCACUGUCAUCUCCUCUGGCAUUGCCUGGGUUGGGAUUUGGAAAGUCUGCUUCAUCAGUUACCUUUACGUCUCACCUGGCUAUAGAGAACAGUUUUGCCAUAAAUUCAGUGGCUAUGACUCCUUCAUCCCCCAUGAAAUUUAUGCUGCUCAGGGUCUCCUGUUGAUCGGCAUGUUCAUGGGCUUGCUGGGACUGGCUGCUACAAUAUUUGCUCUGAGAAAUGUGUAUAUGGGAGUCACUCACAAAACUCUCAUUGCCCCGUUCUUCCUGGUGGGUGGCUUCUUCUACAUAUUUGCUGGUCUGUGUGUCCUGAUUCCUGUGAGCUGGAAUUUCUAUUCUGUAACUCACAACCAGAGCAUAGCUUUUCCUCCUUCUUACUACAUGCCCUCCAGUCCAGUGGCACAGGAAGCUGGUGCUGCCAUUCCUGUUGGGAUUGUUGCUGUUAUCCUCCUGCUGCUAAGUGGGACAUUUUCUCUCUCAUACAGAUUUCCCAUGACUGCAAACACUAUCACAAAAUCUUGACAGGACAAAUCCUCCCAUGCUAUUUCAGAACAAGAGCAUAGUUAAGAGAUAAGGACAGCAGCAUGAGUGGUUGUAAAGUUAAGGAACUGCAGAAUUUAAUUUUAUUUUAUAGUAGCCACACUAUUUUCUUAUAUGAACCAGUUGAGUCACCAUCUUAGUACUCACCUAUUAGCAGAAGUUUGUCUUUGAGAUAACAGCUGUUGAGCAGCAAAUGUGAUUAAAUUUUGCCAGUUGUACUCUUUUGUAUAUACAAACAUUAUUGAUAAUUUUUUUUUUGUGUAAAAUAUUUACCAUGCUCAAAGAGCUGACUUUGAAUGAACUGUCCUGUGAGAAAAAUGUGAAGUAACAUGUA